CAAAGUGAGCCUUUCCCUCCUCCGCCUUUGAACCCUCAGCAAGCAUCCCGUCAACCUCUUUUUUUUUUUGUUACAAUAUGCCAUCGACCGAACUUGCCAUUAACCCCAACAGCAAAACCACCAUUUUUGUCGGUGGUCUCGAUAUGGAAGUGACGGAAGCGAUAUUACAUGCUGCUUUUAUUCCGUUUGGCGAUAUUGUUUCUGUACAGUUGGCACCGGAUACAGCUACACGAAAUCCUCACAAGGGGUUUGGUUUUGUGGAAUUCGAAUUGGAACAAGAUGCUCAAGCAGCGAUCGAUAAUAUGCAUCUGUCUGAACUGAUGGGCAAAGUUAUCAAAGUGAAUGCAGCGAAACCUAGUCGUAUUCAACCCGGCUCCAACCGACCGAUAUGGAGUGAUGAUGAAUGGUUAAAGAAAUAUGCGGUAUCGGAGGAUAACAAAGAAGAAGAGGGCACAACCGCAGCAGCAGCAGCAGCAUCAACAUCAGAUAAAGAAGACGCAGACACAACGAGUGAUGCUACAGGAUACACUGGACAAUCCCAAGGUGGACGACCAAAAGUGUUUAUGGAUAUUCAGAUUGGUGGUACACUAGCAGGUCGCAUCUUAAUGGAGUUGCGUGCCGACGUUGUACCAAAGACAGCAGAAAACUUUCGAGCGUUAUGUACUGGCGAAGCUGGAUUUGGUUACAAGGGAUCGUCUUUCCACCGUAUUAUUCCUCAAUUCAUGUGUCAAGGUGGUGAUUUUACAAAGGGCAACGGCACCGGUGGUAAAUCCGUUUAUGGUGAAAAAUUCAAGGAUGAAAACUUUGACCUGAAACACACUGCACCGGGCACUUUAUCUAUGGCGAAUGCUGGACCUAAUACCAAUGGCAGUCAAUUUUUUAUUUGCACAGAAAAGACGUCGUGGCUAGAUGGGAAACACGUUGUAUUUGGACGUGUUAUUUCCGGUAUGGAUGUGGUGCGUCAAAUGGAAAGUGUCGGUACUGCCAAUGGCAAACCUACCAAGAAAGUGACCAUUGUCGAUUGUGGCCAAGUCGUUUAAGUAAAAACAACAUAAUCCAUCCUUUUAUUUUUAUACAGUGCGAACAAAAAUUACAACUAUCGUUGAGUAAGCGUCCAACUACAGAAGACAACGCGUCGUUGAUUUUUGUUUUUGUUUUUAAGGAGGCACAGUCUAAAGGGGUCGUCAGAGUCAAAAAAGUCUCGAGUCAAAAAAAAGGUUAUAAAUAAGCUGAAACAAUUUUUGUGAAAAUAAAAAGAACACGCAAUUUAAACCAAUGAAUCAGCGCCGUGCGUCAAAUCAAAUACAAAUUAUGGGAUGAUGUGGCAAUGAGGAUGGCUUUUGAUUCGAUGAAGGAAUUUUGCCAUUGGGGUUGACAAAGUUUUUUUUUUCCUUUUACUUAUUUUGAAAAAAAUUAAAAAAAAUGUAGUCAAGAUAGCCUA